GCCGUGGCCGUUGCGAAACAAACGGUAGAUGGCGCGUCAAAAUAGCCGAAACCGAUUCGGUUCGCGUCGUGCGACCUCGCGGUUUCGUCGCGGUGAUACCGUCACCGGCCGGUAGAGGCCAGUGACCAUUCUCUGGUACCGAUAAACUAAAGCGAUCCAAGCGUUGGACUUCCGAUCCGAGCUCGGAGGCGACAGCUAGCGAAAAGGAUCUCGUCACCGCUCCGUUAGGUGACGGCGUUAAACCCGGAGAUUACGAUAAAAGGGCGUCUCAUUGCCGCUCCCGCGAGUGUCGAAUGAGAGAGGCGGAACCAAGGGGAAACCUCCUCGAUCCCUGGAAUCGGUGCUUGCAGAGUGAUUUUCCAAUGGGCAAGGAAUUUGAAGAGAGUUCAGUGGUUGAAGAAACGGAUUCCUUUAUGGGCAAAACCAGUCAUGCUAAUCCUCACGAGACUUUAGAUGUUGAAUCAGAUAACAAUCUGGAUGCAAAUUAUCAUGUGAAUAACACACCUGGAAUUGGAAAUUUGGAUUUGGAUCAUAACAGCACAGGAAAGAAACAUGUCGACCAGAAAUCACUGAAUAAAAGGUCAGCAUCAUCACAUUCUGCUAAUGUGACUGUGAUAUCUAACUACACUAUUCCCCAACCAUUCUCACUUGCAACUGAAAAACGUGCUUCUGGUGAACAUCGUGUUUUUGUUCCUGAAACGGCAAUCAGUGGAGAAAAAGAUCCAAAUGCUGAUAAUAUCAUGCACCCAGAUGAAGACGAUUCUUGCUCCGUUGAUUCAUUUAGCACGGCAUCUGUAAAAAAUUCGAAAGUUAGAACAGUUGCAAUUGCCCCUACCUUCAGAUGUAUUGAACGUGCAGAAAAACGAAAAGAGUUCUACUCAAAGUUAGAAGAGAAACAACAGGCUCUUGAAGCAGAGAAACUCCAACAUGAAGCUAGGGCCAAGGAAGAGGAAGAGGCAACUCUGAAGGAGAUAAGAAAGCGCUUGAAUUUCAAAGCGACACCAAUGCCUAGCUUCUACCAUGAAGGCCCUCCUCCUAAGGUCGAACUGAAGAAGGCUCCUCCAACACGAGCUAAAUCUCCUAAGCUUGGUCGGAGGAAGAGCUGCAGUGACGCAAGUAGAGAUAACUCCAGUGGAAUAUAUGGUGGGCCAAGGCAUCAGAGUUUGGGCAGUCAUGAGGAUGCUCCAUGCAAAUCUCAGAUUAAUCCUGAGGACAUAAAUGCAAUCGAAGGCAAUGAAGUUCCUGAAUCCGCAAUAGAGAAUUCUGAAACCCAUCCUAAUGAAGAUGAGUAUACCACUGCCACCAGCAUCACCGAUGAAAUUUCAGCAGACGGUAUCAUGACUGUGCAGCCUUGAAGUUCUCUGUUCAAAAAUAUCUAAUUGCUCCUUAAUCUCGGAACAAUGAUGAUGAUCUGGUAACAUAGAAUGCAAGUUAAGUGGACCUGAGAUGUAUAAUGCUGUAUGUAUAUCAACAGAUCUGUAUAACAUAUCACUUUACCAGCAAUCCUUCUUGGUGCAACUCAUAAAUUAUGCAGAAAAAUACUCUUGAUAUUUCUA